AUGUUGUAUAGCUUGUGUACCGCUGAAUGUUGUAUAGGUCCAGAGACGCCCCUGUUUCCUUUGAAGCACCUCCACUUCCACACACCUCGAUGGAGUCAGGUUAGUGACGUCACUGCCUUGGCGGAGAGUACACAGGUCGUUAUACUGUCGUACAUGCGCAGUGGUACUAGUUUUCUGGGAAAGAUUUUCGAUGUGAACACAGAUGCCCUGUACGUGUUUGAGCCCCUGUGGAAGGUUUGUGAGCACAUCGUUCCGUCCUUCGCUAAACUGCGUUUUCUCAACGGUUCAGUUGUUGAUCCUGGAACAUCUUGUGAAGAUAUUGGACAAAGUAUCAUUCGAUCUUUCCUCACGUGCAAUUUGCUUAAUAUCGAUCAGUCAACCUUGACUCAAUUUUGGAUGGCUCAUGGGAGAAAGACAAUUAAAUUAUUAAACUGCAUAGAACGGUCUAGCAUAACCACGUGUGUCUACCGGUUCAUCGAAGUUUGCCGACAGUCGAAUGUUAGAAUUCUAAAAACUAUCCGUGCUAGACUGGAGAGGACUUUGUCGACCUUGGAGAUGCUUCCGCACGUUAAAGUAAUCCAUCUCGUCCGAGACCCUCGUGCAAUAAUUUCUUCAAGACGUUUGAUGGGCGAGUACUACCACAGAAACCUUUUAGCAACAGGAUCCGGUAUAUGUGGUGACAUGCGCAGAGACAUACACACUUUUAAAAACCUUCCGCAGGAGUUUCAAGGACGGAUUUUACAAAUCCGUUACGAGGACUUGUCAGCAGAUCCCGUGCAUAUGGCAGAAUUCAUUUACUCGUAUUUACGUCUUGAAAUGCCGACCAACGUGGUGACGUGGAUAAAAAACAAUACACAUUCUAAGGCUGACGACGGCAAACCAUUGGGAACGUUACGCGCGGACUCGAGAAAAACGGCAUCAAAAUGGCGGGAAAGAAUCUCUUGGUCGACUGUUAAAAGUAUGGAAAGAGCCUGCCAAGAUGUUCUAGAGGAUCUUGGAUAUGUUCUUACCUCAUCUGAGGACACUCUGCGGAAUCUCUCAAUAUCCCUCACAAAGGAACGCAAACUGUUGACUAGGUAA